AUGAAGACCGUCGAAUUCAGAUAUUCAUCUUGUUUUAUGUUUUUCAUAAUCAUCAAGUCUGGAGAUCCAAAUUUUGUUUUCGACAAUGGGGCGAAGGGACCCCCACCGCGUCCAGCAGACUCGCAAACGUUAGAUGCCUCUAAAAGAACGGGUAUUGAAAUCACAAGCGAUAUCAAGGAAGAUACGCCAUGUCGCCAUCUGAGCAUCGAGAAAAAUGGAUUCUAAGAACAAGUGGGUGAGAAGUUCUUGUGGAAGAAAGGCCAUUGUCUUGAUUCUAGAAGAAGAGAGCCUCACUUAAUGACUUUAACAGGAUGAAGAUCAUGUUGGCAAAGAUGAAGGUGACAUAACUUUCAGUUUGCAGUUUAAAGAUUGAAUCAAUACCAGACUAUUGCUAGAAUAUGGCUUUUCAUUCAUGCCUAUUUGGGAUGAUUUUUUUCUUUAAUGUUCUUAAUAUGAUGGUAAAACACUUAUUUUUGUAGUGAAGUUCCAUCUUUUUUUUAAUGUAUGCAACAAAAAUGGGUUUUUUACCUGUCUCUGUAGCCAUUUUUCAUAUUGAUAACAGUUUAUGCUAUAGUUUACCAAAUUGGCUGCAU